GCAACUGCUUGGCCUUGUGGUGCUGUGCAGGGAUGGCUCCGUAGAAGGGCUCAUUGUGGGUGAAGAACUUCAGGUGCUUUUUCAGAAGGUUAUGCAGCUGACCCUGAAGUCCAAUGUGUUACAUGCAAGCACUGCCCUUGCCUACUUCGUGUUUGUUCUCAAAGCUGCUGACAUGGAUACUCACAGUGCAGCCACAUUGCUGAUAUCCAAUGACCAGUGGUUGCAAUGGUUCGAGUCUCAACUAGCUGCAGGGACACCACAUGCUUGGCCCCUUCUUGCUGCACUGUUCGGUAUUCACCAACGUUUCAAACUUUCGACAACUUACACCAUACGUAUUACCAAGCAAAACUUCCUGCGUGAACUUGGCCACGGCGACCCUGAUCGUGCAUUGCCUGCUUUGACAGCGCUGCCAGGCUUGUUGGGCAAAUCUUCACUGGCCCAGAUAUCGUUGCACUACCCUGACUGCAGCAACAUUGUCUAUAUCUUGGCCUCACAUAUUGCCAAGCAGGACACCCAGUUACAAACGUCUGCACUGAACUGCCUGGAGGUGGUGCUACCUUAUGCACAGAUUUUGGCUGAUAUGGAAGGUUACCUAAACGACCUAUCAGCCCACCCGUGGUUAAUUCAUGUGCUACUGCUCAGCUCUUCGGAUGAAGACUGUGCCAGGCUGCUGAAUGGGAUGCUUCAAGGUGACAUUGUGAGUGAGUUGCUGGCAAGCCACCUACCACUGAUUGUUGAAAGGCUUCACAAGGAUGGCAGCAGCCAGGCACAGGCUGUCGCUGCCAAGCUUCUAUCUGGAGUGUACAGCGCUUGGCUCAGCAAGGACGUUGAAGGAGAACUUCGAGAACUGCUUUCCCCGAUUGUGCCUGCCACCGGUGGUGACACUCCAGGUGUUAGCGAUCUCAGUGACUAUGAGGCGCUCGCUUUUUAUAUACUAUAAUAAAGUCAUUUAUUUCAGCAGCUAAA